AACAAGACAAGUCCGGACACACACCGUCCGUCCGACAGCCGGUGGACAAGCGCAGGCUGUUCUGGCCGAACCCAGUGGGUCCUGGAGAAAAACAAAACAAGACAGAGAAGAACUUAAGGAAUAACCUUCGGAGGAUUCAUUUUAAAAGCUGUGAGCGCAUUUCUGGACCAAUAUAGAAAGCGCUCGGACCAGUUUGUGAGCUGCCGUUCCUCGGGAGCAUCGCCCUACCUGUCAGAGGAGGACGCUGGAAGAAAGAAACAUCCUGUCGCUGACAAUGACCUUGGAGGAUGAGCUGACAACGGCCUCGGCGAAGGGAGACACGGCCGAGGUGAAGCGUCUGCUGCUGAAAGGAGCUCCUGUUAACGGCCUUAAUGGGUUUGGGCGAACGGCUCUGCAGGUGAUGAUGAUGGGCAGCUCGCCGGUAGCUCAGCUCCUGCUGGAACACGGAGCGGAUCCAAACGUGGCGGACAGCAGCACCGGGUCCACCCCGCUGCAUGACGCGGCCCGGACGGGCUUCCUGGACACGGUGCGGCUCCUGGUGGAGGCCGGGGCCAACCUGCAGGCCCGAGACAAAGCGGACUGUCUCCCGAUUGAUUUGGCCAGACAGAGCGGACACAGCCAUGUGGUUUCCUUCCUAGAGACUCUAUAAGCAGUGUUUGCUUUGAUAUUUCUUUAUUUAACUCUGUUGGUUCUGAUUGAGGACCGAAAAUACGGCCCUGAAAAGGCCUUAAUUUAUUUCUUUAUUUAACCAGAUAGGUCUUUUAUUAGACACAUUUAAAAUUAUAUAUUUUACAGUUAUUAAUUUUUAUUUAAGAGGGUGCUAUAAAAUUUUAUAAAUGUCCUUUGCUCUUCUGAAAAAAUUGUCCCUGGACCUUUUUUUUUUUUUUUUUUUUUGUAACUUGUAGCACUCAGAGCAAAAUAAGAAGACAUGACUUUUUGCACAUGUAAUAAUUCUUUUAAACUAUGCACUAUUAUAAAAUCAAUACAGAGACACGUUAUAGAAAUAGUGAAUGAACCUUUGAUGAUUAAAAAAGAUGUAUUAUAGAUGUAAGGGUUUUAAACCCUUGAAAAGUAAAGAUAAACAUGCUUGAAAUUGCGUGGAAAUUGGAUCCUUCUUUUACAGGCUAGUAAAAGAUACAGUGGGAAGUCUAGCUCUGUAAGGACAAUUUAAAUGGAUUUAGUUUGAUGCACUUUCUCAAGUCUGGGCUAAAUGAUUAAAUGCAAGAAUGGAGUAAAGCUUGUAAUUGCUUCUUUUAUUUGACUAAAAACAGCCACCUUAAUUCAAAACCUGGAACACAUUUUUUUCUUUUUGUGCAUAAGGUUAAAUCAGUAUCGGCAGGUUUGACAAAGAAAUCAUGAAGUUUGUACUGGCCUUGAAUAGCCUGAUAAAUGCAGAUAUACCCUGGGCAGCUCCUCCUUCUGCCGACCUUAUCCUAUUGAAAUGCAAUCAGCCGUUAGAUUUAGUAGAAUUUUGUCCAGUUCCCAUGCACAAAAUUAAUAGCAACCUUGUUCAGGGCAUAAAUUACAUAAGCUAAAUACCAUAAUCUGGAGUUUGGGCAUGAAUUCCAUUUCUAAAGCCUCUUUAAAGCCCAAAUCAAAAAUCCCCAAUGCACGUGGCAAAUACCAAUACUCCACUGGAAUGGCCUUUAUAUCAUCUGCAUUUAAAAACAUUAGCUUAACCCAUUACCUCCAAAAAAUAAUUGGAUUAGUUUACAUAUCAAGCUUUGUGGCAAUAACCUGACAAACUGUGUAUCCAUUAAUAAAUUAUUCAUUGGAAAAAAAAAAACUGAUUUCCAGCAUUCAGUUCAUCUCAGCUUAUUCAUAUAGUGCCAGUCUUUAACUCAUUAUAAGUAGUGACUGGAACAUUUCAAAGCUGCUUUUUCUGUAAUCCAAUCCUUCAGAUUUUCUGCUGAGAUUUUGCAUUUAAACUAAAAAGAACAAAAAAAAGCAACAAAGAACAUUUGUUUUCUUUUUUCAUUUAACUUGAGAAAUUACCUCAAAGUUUUGCUUUAUAUUUUUAUUCAGAUAUUGUUUUUCAUGCAGAUGCGUUUACAGUUCCGCCAUAAAAAAAAAAAAAGAAAAGAGGAAAUGCAAGUGAGCUGGAUAUUGUGCAACACACAGAGCAAUGAAAAGUAAAGGCAAACAAAA